AUUCUCUUAUCCACCCUUGUACAUUCGCGCGCGCGCGUCUUCAGUUGUUCGGCGGCUUCACAGAGCCGUGACUCGGACUAAUGUUCGUCGGUUAGCGGAACCAUGAGUGUCAGUCAGAAAUAAAUGGUUGUAUAGCGGAGGGUGAGGGUGGAGACGUUAGUCUGUUGACCGCGAGUGGCGCUGAAGAAAUUCCUAGACAGGAGAGAGAGCAGAAAGCGCGUGAGUGAGUGCGUGCGGCAGACAGGUGCUCGCCUCGCGCGCCGUGUGUGUGGCUGAGAUGCCGCCCGUGCACAGAACCAUGUCAGAUCUGCGCUCACGUGCUGAAGGAUAUGAAAAGACGGAGGACGCAUCAGAGAAGACCUCUCUAGCUGACCAGGAGGAUGCCCGACUGAUAUUCAUUAAUCAGCCUCAGUUUACAAAGUUCUGCAGUAACCGUGUCAGCACGGCGAAGUACAACGUGCUCACUUUCCUGCCGCGGUUCCUCUACUCACAAUUCAGAAGAGCAGCCAACUCCUUCUUCCUGUUCAUCGCCCUGCUGCAGCAAAUUCCAGAUGUUUCUCCGACUGGACGAUGGACCACGCUGGUGCCGUUGCUCUUCAUCCUAGUGGUGGCAGCAGUGAAGGAGGUGAUCGAGGAUCUGAAACGUCACAAAGCCGACAGUGUUGUGAACAAGAAAGAGACGCAAGUGCUGAGAAAUGGAGCCUGGGAGAUUGUUCACUGGGAGAAGGUGGCGGUAGGGGAGGUAGUGCGAGCCUCCAACGGAGAUCACCUCCCAGCUGACCUCAUCAUUCUGUCGUCCAGCGAACCUCAAGGAAUGUGUUAUAUCGAAACUUCAAACCUGGAUGGAGAAACAAAUCUUAAAAUCAGACAAGGCCUUCAGAUCACCGCUGAGAUAAAGGACAUUGACAGUCUGAUGCGUCUGUCUGGUCGUAUGGAGUGCGAGAGCCCCAACAGACACCUGUACGAGUUUGUAGGCAACAUCCGUCUGGAUGGACACAGCACAGUGCCACUGGGUCCGGAUCAGAUCCUCCUGAGAGGAGCGCAGCUCAGAAACACACAGUGGGUGCACGGCAUUGUGGUCUACACAGGACACGACACGAAGCUCAUGCAGAACUCCACACGGCCUCCUCUGAAGCUGUCCAACGUGGAGCGCAUCACCAACUUUCAGAUCCUGGUGCUGUUUGGCUGCUUGCUGGCCAUCUCUCUGGUUUGCUCCAUCGGACAAACCAUCUGGAAGUACCAGUAUGGCAAUGACGCCUGGUACAUGGACCUCAACUAUGGCGGUGCAGCAAACUUUGGUCUAAACUUCCUCACCUUCAUCAUCCUCUUCAACAACUUGAUUCCCAUUAGCCUGCUGGUGACGUUGGAGGUGAUCAAGUUUAUCCAGGCCUACUUCAUCAACUGGGACACUGACAUGCUGUAUGAAGUUACCAACACUCCGGCUAUGGCCCGAACGUCCAACCUGAAUGAAGAGCUGGGCCAGGUGAAGUAUAUCUUUUCAGACAAAACUGGAACACUGACCUGCAAUGUGAUGCAGUUUAAAAAGUGUACCAUCGCUGGAGUGGCCUAUGGUCACAGGUCUGAAAUGGAGGAUGGUAGUUUUGCAGAGGAGGAAUGUCACAGCUCUCACUCAAUGGAGGAAGCUGGCUUUAAUGACCCCAGUUUACUGGAAAAUCUCCAAAGCAAUCAUCCCACUGCUGCUGUGAUCAUGGAGUUUAUGACCAUGAUGGCGAUCUGUCACACAGCCGUCCCUGAACGCAGCGAUGACACCAUCACCUACCAAGCUGCCUCUCCAGAUGAAGGAGCCCUGGUCCGCGCAGCACGCAACCUCGGCUUCGUUUUCUCAGCCAGGACUCCAGACAGCGUCAUCAUCGAGGCGCUUGGUCAAGAAGAGAAAUAUGAACUACUGCACGUGUUGGAGUUCACAAGUGCCAGGAAGAGGAUGUCGGUCAUCAUGCGCACUCCAUCCGGAAAGAUCCGGCUAUACUGUAAAGGAGCUGACACGGUCAUCUACGACCGCUUGGCAGAUAACUCCAGGUAUAAGGAUAUUACACUGAAACAUCUGGAGCAGUUCGCUACAGAGGGUUUGCGUACACUGUGUUUUGCCGUGGCAGACAUAUCCGAGUCAUUUUACCAGCACUGGCAGGAAGUACAUCAUCGCGCCUGCACCUCUCUGCAGAACAGAGCACUCAAAAUGGAGGAAAGCUACGAGCUCAUUGAGAAGAACCUGCAGCUGCUUGGGGCCACUGCGAUCGAGGACAAGCUGCAGGAUCGCGUCCCUGAGACUAUCGAGACGCUGAUGAAGGCCGACAUUAAGAUCUGGAUCCUGACCGGAGACAAGCAGGAGACCGCCAUCAAUAUAGGACACUCCUGCAAGCUGCUCACCAAGAACAUGGGCCUGCUGGUGAUUAAUGAGGAGACUCUGGAUGGGACAAGGGAGACUCUGAGCCACCACUGCAGCAUGCUGGGAGAUGCUCUGCAUAAGGAAAACGACUGCGCACUGAUCAUUGAUGGGAAGACAUUGAAGUACGCACUCACCUUUGGAGUGCGCCAGUACUUCCUGGACCUGGCGCUGUCCUGCAAGGCGGUCAUAUGCUGCAGGGUGUCGCCUCUGCAGAAGUCGGAGGUGGUGGAGAUGGUGAAGAAACAGGUGAAGGUCAUCACUCUAGCCAUCGGCGAUGGUGCCAACGAUGUAGGCAUGAUCCAGAGCGCUCACGUCGGCGUUGGCAUCUCUGGCAACGAGGGACUACAAGCUGCCAACUCUUCUGAUUAUUCUAUUGCACAGUUCAAGUAUUUGAAGAACCUCUUGCUGGUCCAUGGCGCCUGGAACUACAAUCGAGUUGCUAAGUGCAUCCUGUACUGCUUCUACAAAAACAUCGUUCUGUAUAUUAUUGAGAUCUGGUUUGCCUUUGUGAACGGUUUCUCUGGUCAGAUUCUUUUUGAGCGUUGGUGCAUCGGCCUGUAUAACGUGAUCUUUACAGCUCUGCCACCCUUGACCCUGGGCAUUUUCGAGCGCUCAUGCAGAAAAGAAAACAUGCUCAAAUACCCGGAAUUGUACAAAACCUCCCAGAAUGCCCAGGGCUUCAACACCAAGGUCUUUUGGGCUCAUUGUCUGAAUGGACUCUUCCACUCGGUCAUCCUCUUCUGGUUCCCCCUCAAAGCCUUCCAGCAUGAUACCGUCUUUGGGAACGGAAAAACUCCAGACUAUCUGCUCCUGGGGAACAUGGUGUACACAUUUGUGGUGAUCACUGUGUGUCUAAAGGCAGGGUUGGAGACCUCCUCCUGGACCAUGUUUAGUCAUAUAGCCAUUUGGGGCAGCAUUGGAUUGUGGGUAGUGUUCUUUGGCAUCUACUCCUCUCUAUGGCCGCUCAUUCCUCUGGCUCCGGAUAUGUCAGGAGAGGCAGAUAUGAUGUUCAGCUCUGGAGUCUUCUGGAUGGGACUAUUUUUCAUUCCUGUCACUUCUCUGGUGUUUGACCUGGCUUACAAAGUUAUAAAGAAGGCAUGCUUCAAGACCCUGGUGGAUGAGGUUCAGGAGCUAGAGGCUCUGUCAAAGGACCCUGGAGCGGUGGUUCAUGGGAAGAGUCUGACCGAGAGGGCUCAACUUCUGAAGAACGUGUUUAAGAAGAGCACAGUCAGCCUGUACCGCUCCGACUCCAUGCAGCAGAAUCUACUCCAUGGCUAUGCUUUCUCUCAGGAUGAGAACGGAGUGGUCUCCCAAUCAGAGGUCAUCAGGGCCUAUGACACCACCAAGCAGCGGACCAACGAGUGGUGAGAUCCGGCCCCCUCGGCCCGGCCCCUCAGCCGCCAGUCAACCUUUUGAAGCUGACAGAAGUUAAGGCCUGUCAGGUUGUUUUUUGUCCAGCUCUCUUGCUGGAACUGAGUAGAACAGAGCAAGAGGUCAGUACUUCGAAAGGGAAAAAUAAAAAUAAAAAAAAGCAAGGAACAAAAUUAAUCCAUAGUUUUGAAGUUGUCACAGUGCAGCGCAGUUGCUGUGUGUCCAGCAGAGUAUGGUUUAUGCUGGACUGCAGUGUUAAUAACCCACCAAACAUGGGGAAUGCUGCGAAGACACCAAUAUGUUCUCUUCUGACAUUCACACUUCUGUAGUUAAAGCCAAAAGAAAUCUGUUGGGAUGAUGGUGUUAACCCUUUCUGUUAAUGGUCUUUGACUGUUUCUCUAAUCAGUGAUGGCGUCUUAUCCUCCCUCCUGUUGCUCUACAUAAACCCUGGUACAGAAAUGGAAAUCGCCAAAGAGUACAGUCAUAGGAUUCAAAUAUAAAAUGUAUUAUCCAGUCAUAUUUACAGUUUUCUCCCCAAUCAUUUCUCUUCUUCACUGAUUUUACCAUUGCAGACCUGGAAAGAUUUGCUUGCUCUAAUUUUCUUCAUCAUUUUUAUUUAUUUAUUUUUUCUUUUAAUAAUCGGUUGUUUUGUGCCUGAUUCAGUUGGUUUUUGUGCCUGAAUCUGUUACUGCAUUCCACAUGGCACACAGCUGCAAAUCACAAAUGUGCCUAAUAGGAACUUUUUAGUCCCCUGUUAGAGAGUAUUUCAGAUCCUUUAGCUAGGUAGAAUUUAUAAUCCAGUAACCCGUGAAGCUGCUGUUGUCUCUGCAGUGCCUGGCUGAUUGAUUUGAAUGGGGAGGCUGUUAUGAGCUUCAUGUUGAGUCUGUUUUCGGCCAGUGAAGGUAUUUUAGAUGAUCUAAAUGUUUGACUUUGGAGAAAUGGUGAGCUGAUCCCACAAAACUGAAGUGCCAUUAGCUUACGGGGAAGUAACGAGGACUUAGUUUAGAGGUGCACCCACUAUCAAAACGUCUUUGUGUCUAUAGUUAUUUUGUGAAUUUGUAUUUUUAUAUUGGACAAGUACUACUUUUUUGGAUCGAUCCGCUUUGUAACGAGACGCCAUUCUUCUGUUUUUGUCGUCAGUCUCCUGGAAGAUGAGUCUAACACCCCUGUGAAUGGAACUGUCCUGUUAGCAUUAUUAAGGCUUCUUUCUUUCUUCUUUUAUGGUCGAGUUUGUGCACUAGUUCUCUUCUCCCUGUGGGAGAGCAGGUUCUAUAUUUGUGUGUAUAUUGUGUCUUGUCUGCAUGUGCAUGUGUGUGUGUGUGUGUGUGUAUGCUUGAAAGUGUGCGAGUGUGUGUGCGCGUGUACCUGUUGUUCAGCAUGUCUGUUUUAAAUUAACCCUGAGAGAAUAACUGCUAUUUCUUCAUACUGAAUUCUUAAAUCCCUUUGUAUUUGAGAAAGAAGGGUUGCGUGAGGGUGUGUGUGUGUGUGUGUGUGUGUGUGUGUGUCUGUAUUUGAUUGUGUGAAACUCCCAUCACUGUGUCUUUCCUGUGUGUGAUGCUGCUCGCUCCUCGUCUGCACGACUCCAGGUAUAAUCAGUGAGUUAUGUGCUGCUGCAUGGCCGUGUACGCGUGUGGGAUGCGCGCGUAUGUGUGUGUAUGUGUGUGUAUAUGUGUGUGUGUGUGUGUGUGUGUGUGUGUGUGUGUGUGUGUGUGUGUGUGUGUGUGUUGGGGGGGUUUGGAGUGUGUAUAUGUCCCAGGCACGGAGGGGUUCUUGUCAGUGAUGCCUAACUAAAGCUUGACAGAUGAUGUUGCACACUGCACUGUUAAUCUCUCCAGUGGUGGCGAGUCUCUCUGAUCUUGAGUAUUAUUUCCAGUAUUAUGUGUCUGUCUGUACGUUCUUUUAUUUAAAAGCUCACAGCGUAUCUCUUCUUUAAACGGGAAUCUCAGCGGUUCCUUUCCAGCUAUUGUAAAGUACAGCUACAGUGCAUUUGUCUUCUUAUCUCUGCUUUUGGUGAGUGUUUUUCGGUUGUUGGUUGUGGUUGGCUCUCGCUGAAUUGAGUGCCGAGUUUCCAAACAGAAACCCAGUGAGAGAGUUGGACUCGUGCGUUAGCAAAGCCGUUGUCUGUGGACGUGGUUGACUGCAUGACUGGAUUAAAUGUUAGUCGUACACUAAUGCUCCUUCUGCUGUCGGUCAGUUUAAUGAAGAAAAAGCACUUUUAAAAAAAGUUUGUAUUAACCUUUUGGUUGUUUUUUUCUUUAUUUUAUGUCUUCAUUGUUUAAUGAUUGUUCAGCAUGUUGGGACUGCGAAAUUUUAAGUGUUCUGUCUUUUACUGCCAUAACAGACUAAUGAAAUAAACUUUACAACAUGAACACGGAAAUGAAAGCUUUUUGUCAUUAAUACUGAUGUCAUUCACUUAACUUUUAUAACUGAACUCCAUAUGGUUUCCCUUCGAUUUAUAUUUUCACUGCUUUGUCAUGGGAUUUGCCUCAGCAAUGUAACUGCAAAUGUAAGUGUGUAAAACUUGACUUUGUCCGGAAACAGAAAAAAGCACGUUUUGAACAUAAAU